AUGUCUUUUGUGGCCGCUAUAGACAGUUCAAAGAAUAUAGGCGUUUGGUCUCGAGCAGUAAAUGCCUUGGCCCAGAUUCUGGACCAGAUAAAGUUCAAUAUUACAGCCUCGACAUUGACGCUUCUGUCUGUCAACCCAUCAAGAACAGGUAACGGUGAAGUCUCGUUUGACAGACUGUACUUCCGAGAGUACACGUUCGAUACUCAAAACAUAUCUAUUGCCGGGUUUCGGAUUGACGAAAAUGACCAUGAAAGUCUGUCUUACUCGUGCAUUGUAUCAUCUAAGCAUAUGGUGGUGCUCUUCAAGAACCUAGACGCGGCUAGUCUAAGUUAUAUAUGUCUUCGACUUGAGUGUUACGACGGCGUGCCGAGGAAUAAGGAGUACAAGAUAUUCGUUGAGAUACUUACCAGAAAAAUGAUUGUCAAGAAGUACCUGGUCAAUUACCAGCCGGUGCUUCCACAGGAACUGUCUAUUCCACGCAUAUACAAGAAGGAUUUCGACACUGGCAAGUGCAAACACUUGAUGAUGGAAUCUAGCACGAUGAAAUCUUUUCUAGAUAUGGUUCCACUAUCGACGGAAGAUUUCAAGAUAGAUGUCAAGCAGACCAAGAUUCUGUUUGUUGCACAUACGAGGCAAGUGCUCAAGGAUAGAGAGUUGUUGAAACAGCCAAUGCUGAUUACUAUUCUGAUGGCUAUUAGCGAGCUUCUUGAGCUGAAUUUAGAGGGAGUAACGGACUCCAUUAAUUUUAGACUAAAAGAUUUCCGAACUUUUAUUUCAUGUUGCAUGUCGAUGAGAGAUCUAGCUUCUACAGAUGAUGACCUACUGCCAGAACCACUGUUUGAAGCAUACUUCAAAACCAAUGGAGAUCCGGUGGUUUUAGAACACUUUUCUGGACCUGUUCUUGUCAGACUUAUUAUACUUACAGCAGGCACAGGAGAACUACCCAAGGAGGAUGAACAUCGUGAUAAGUAUGUUCUUCAAGGCCACACAAUUCAACGCGCUCCAGAGAGCCAUAUCGAUAAGCCCAGCAGGAAUCCACAGUUUGCUACCAAAGGUCGACUUGAAACCACCGCCCAACGUCAUGACCAAAGGGCACCUAGCAUCGAACCCGAGUCGUUCAACUCUUUCCCCACAAGUUCCAUGGGCGAAAUCGUAACCUACGGCAAACGCGGAUCCACACCUACAAACGAAAACCCAGCCAAGAAAGCCAAGACAAAGCCAUUAGACGGUGAUACAGACUACAGUACGUCAGAAGAGGAAGGUGAAGAGCAGGAGUUUGGCCCAACCCAACAGAACAACAAGCCUACGUCCUUGUUUGAGUAA